GAAACCGGAUAAUUUAAUAACGGGUGUCCUCGUUUAAUGGUGUUUUUGUUGGUGACCAAUGUUUUCGUUUUCACUUAUAAUUGUCUUUAUUUGUCGCCAAAGGUAAUGUUGGUGCAUAUCCUGAGUUUGCAAAUCGCUCAGUUUAAAAUACAGAGAGAGAGAUAACGUCGUUUUUUCGAAGUAUUUUGACCGUGACUGGGUGUUCAGGUGGUGAUUGUGAAUGACGAAAUACGAUCAGUGUUCUGUGGCAAUGAUUUCUGAACAAACGCUACGCUUCGGGGAACUGGUACAAUAUCUGAACAACUUUGCUACGCUUCGAGGAACUGAUACAACGUCUAAGCAAUCGUGCAGAGAGGCUUACUCUAAUAGGAUUGAACGAACUGAAUUCUACAAAAAGGAGACCGCGCAUGGAUUACAGCGUUCCACUUAAAACCAGUUUUGAACAUACAAGAAAAAAGAAAACAUACGGCUGGUAGUAGAAGAGUUGGCAUGACGCACGGGAAACAACAGGAGAGCCGCGAACGUGUGAAUCGAUUGAAUACUGCGCAUGCUUAAAGAAUAUAACUUUCUUGAACAUGGAAUUAUACUUGCCAACAAGUCAUUCUUAGGAAAAGUUUAAUACGAUAUUUACGUUUUUUCUGCUCACAUUGGGUAGGCAUUGUACAACGGUGGAGUUAAGUUGCUGCUACUAUUCUAACUAGCCUACAUUACUACUCUGGCUGUUACUUUGUUGUUACUGCACACAGAGACGCUUUAUUCACGCCGUGCGAGAAAUCUAUAUUGCGAUGGCUAACAUGACCACAAGAGCCAGAAGUACUGACAAAAGUUCAGAUCAGCAUAUGUAUUCCCGUGUGACCAGUGAAGAUCCGAAUAGUAAUGGGGUGCCGAGUGUACUGGAGAGCGACGUCUUGGACGAAGCAUUAAUUAUCAACAAGCAGACGACAUGGUGGAGAAAAUCGGCUCAGUUACUGGUGUGCGCAUUGGCGGGAAUAGUUUUUGGAUUUGCGAUGGAAAAGGGAAGAGUAUUUGAACCGUGGCUGAUCAGGCAACAGAUGCAAUUUAAGAAGUUUGUUAUGAUGAAGAUGUUUUUGUCAGCAGUUGCUUCCAGUUUAAUUUGCUUUUCUGUAAUGUCCAUCAUACCAGUCUUCAAAAUGUCAUUCCAAACAGCUAGUCGAAACUACCUGUCUGGAGUUUUCUCCAAAAGUAUCACCGAUACAGGUCUAGGUGGAGCACUUCUAGGAGUGGGUAUGACGUUAUCUGGAGGAUGCCCAGGAAAUGUGCUUAUUCAAGUCGGAUCAGGAGUGAACAAUGCAGGAACAACAUUUAUUGGAUGUUUAGUCGGAGCCUUGAUAUUUGGAUUGUUUGAGUCUUCUAUUAUGAGUUAUAUGACACCUGCAAAUUUCAAAACCUACACAUUAGAAAAAUAUUUUAAUAUGAAGUACAUUAAAAUUGCGUUACCGUUGGCAGCGAUGCUGAUGACAAUCGUCGCUCUGGUGGAGUACUGUUUCCCGUGGACAUCAGAGUUGACCAGCCCACAAACUCCUGGUGUAACAAUACUUCAUCUUAGAGCCUGGCCUUCAUAUUUAUGUGGUGCGUUGGUUGGUCUGCUUCAAAUUCCCAUCAUUCUUGCUGUGGAGGACACACUUGGUGGCAGUAGCAGUUACUGUACAAUGGUGUCGCAGGCCUUCUCGCAUGACGGGCUCAGCAGGUGGUCACCGUAUUUGGCAAAAUUCAGCAGUGGAAUGGAUAACUGGUGGCAGGUAUUCUACGUAACAUCUGCCAUAUUAGGUGGAUUCAUUUCAGCGUAUCUAUCAGAUACGCUUGGCAGCGCAGAAAGUGUCAGUGCUGUGGACGCAUUUGUCGGAGGUAUCCUCAUGGUAUUCGGUGCACGACUUGCUGGAGGCUGUACAAGUGGGCAUGGAUUAUCAGGACUAGGAACACUCAACUUCUUGUCCUUCGUAGCCGUACCCGCAAUGUUUGCCGGUGGCAUGGCGACAGCAGCCAUCAUGGAUGUCUUUGGUUACAUGCAAUAAUGAAUCUGCAAAAUCCAUUAAUGUGAACAAUAUUACUGAAGUAUUAUAAUGACUUUACAGUAAAGCAGAGAGCAGCAUAGUACAGUUGGUAAAAAAUAGUGCCCUUUGUGUGCCUGGUUCUCCAAAAAGCUGCUCUUGUACAUAGUUUAAAAUGCAAUUACAAACUUGGAAGGAAACAAACUGUAGGAUUUACGUGCAAAACGAUGGACUUAUUUCAAAAGUAUCGUAAUUAAUCAGUAGAUUUAUACUGAUAUUAUAUACAGUAAUUUGAUUACCCUGAAGCAGAACGAGUGAACCAACUUCCUUACUCAAUGGAGCAGGAUUUGUCAUCAAAGACUCUACACUGGAGCGGAUUAAGAAAAAAGACCAUCAUUAAAAACAUUAGUGAACUACUGGUAAACUCUCAGAUGGGAUUAGUCAAAUUCCUGGCACUUGAACAGAUUAGCACAUAUAUACAGAGCAUAACUGAUGGGGAUUAUUAUUUUAAUGGUCAGGAAACACAGAUGGAUUGUGUGCCUAUGUAAUAAUGGAUUUGAAUAUAUUCUGCAUUUGUAUCUUAUGAAAUUUGAAUGCAGGAUUUCAAGGAAAUAUAACAUAUACUUAGUCAGUAUCUUGAAAUAUAUGAGCAUUUUUAAGAAUGCAACCUACAUGCAAGGCUGAUGUCACUCGGCAAUACCGAAAUGUGCGCAUGUCAGAGACAGCGUGAAGGCAUCAGAUCUAUAUUGGACACCUUUUGUGAAAGUUGUAUUGAACGUGUUACUUUAAAAAAGUCAUUAAAUUAUCAAAACAAUAAAUGCUGUCAUCAUUGAUAUUUCAAAAUCAUUUUUACUUCUGUAUACAAAUCUAUUUCCAUUUUAACUAUUCUACCUAAUUUCUAACUAUGUGUAGGCCUACUAUGACUUUUGAAUUAGUUUUAAAUGAAGUGUCUUUUUGGUUUUUUUGGUUUUUUUGGUUUUUUUUUUUGUGAAGUCCUAAUAUUAAUUUUUAUCUUUUUUCACACCAUUAUAAAUAUAAAUCUUAAUAGUCAUAUAUUUUAACUGCAGUUUUUGGUGAUCAAAUGUAUAAAUAUGUACAGUAUAUAACUUCAAGGAAAUAUUUUAACAUCUUUUAUUUAUGUUAUGGGUUUCAUUUUAUGUUUGUCACUUUAGUGCAUGCCUCUGUUUUAAAAGUGUUGUUUAAAUUCCUGAUGAUAUAAUUAAUGUCGAAAUAUUGAAUCCCAACAUAAUGGUGUGCAUUGUAUGUAUUAUAUUAUCUUGUUUGAAUGUAAAGGGGUUGGAACAAAUAUCAUACAUGUGUAAUAACAGUGGUAAGGAUAAGUAAUGAGAAAAAAGACGCUGUUCAUCUUAUACACUUAUUAAAUUGGUUAAAGUGACAAAGCAAAAUCAAUGGGAAAAUGAAAGUGUUUUGCAAUACAACCAUUGCCUUGUUUAGACCAAUGCUUCCUUGUAAUAAUCAGAUUUCUUUACUUUGCGAUGAUUGAUAACGUUUAAAUUGGAGGUGGUUUCCUGCUGAAUGUAGUCAUAUUGUUCCUUUAUCAAUGGAAGUAUACAGGAAAAGUGCACACACUAAGGAUACUUAGUACAGUGACCCACAGUUAUAAUACAUUGUGUCUUCAAAAUAAUUUAAUUACUGUAGGUAUUUACACUAGGUGUUGAUUGUAGAAUUUUUUUAUUGAUUGUAGCAGUACAUAUACAUUUAAUUGGUUUAAAUUUAAGUAUUCUACAAAAAAUACAUUUGUGGUUCCAGUCAAACUAUAUCGUGGAUUACUAUAGAUAAUUUAUACUGUAUUAUCUAUAAAAAAAAAAAUUUUUAAACACAAACAUCGUAUAAAAUUCCAAUAAGACA